AUGAAGUUUGUAGUCCUUCAGCCAAUAAGGCAACCGUUGGAACAGAGAGAUAAGUCCAAGCAUUGCGCUUACCACAGAGAUUAUGGGCAUACGACCAAUGAUUGCAGAUCCCUUAGGCGACAGGUGGAAAACAUGAUACUGAGGGGUGAAUUGGCAAAUUACCUUACAACAAAGGAGUACGUGAAGCCUCGGGAGAUCAACCCUCGGAGAGUCGAAGGUAACCAAGUAAAGGUCAUCCAUGCAAUACAUGGAAGAUCGGAAGAUGAUCAGGAGUCAGAGGACGUUUAUAGAUCCCGACUGAGAACAGCCCAUAAGCUAAGGAGGUUAUCCUCGGUAAACACUAUUGCUUCGGGAAGCAUCAACAUCAGGUUCGGUGAUGGAGAUCUAUCCAGAGUUCAACUUCCCCACGAAGAUCCGUUGGUCAUCAGUCUCCUUGUGGCAAAGUGCAUGAUUAAGAGGGUUCUGAUAGACCCAGGAAGUAAUGCCAACAUCAUCACAAAAACGGUCUUUGAACAGCUAGAGAUCCCGUCAUCAUCAAUUCGGCCCACCUCCAGCUGUUGA